AACACAACAGCGCAAGGCAACGCAACACAACACAUUGCAUCGCCAUGGCCGGGGACCACUCUCGCAGCCUGGGCAAGGGGAGCGAGGCGCCGGGGCCGGUGCCCGAGGGGGUGAUCCGGCUAUACAGCAUGCGGUUCUGCCCCUUCGCCCAGAGGACGAGACUCGUUCUCCGCGCCAAGGGCAUCAGCCACGAAGUAAUCAACAUCAAUCUGAAGAACAAACCUGACUGGUUCUUUGAGAAGAACCCCUUUGGGCUGGUUCCUGUUCUGGAGACCAGCAAAGGCCAGCUGAUCUAUGAGUCCCCAAUCACUUGUGAAUAUUUGGAUGAUGCAUUUCCAGGGAAGAAGUUGAUGCCUUCUGACCCAUAUGAGCGAGCCUUUCAGAAGAUGCUCUUGGAACAUUUCUCAAAGAUAACACCAUUGGUUUUCAAGUAUUUUGUGGCAGUCAAAGAUGGACAGGACACCACAGCACUGAAAGCAGAGAUUGCUGAAAAGUUUGGCAAAUUUGAAGAGAUUCUGUCCAAGCGCAACACUGUGUUUUAUGGAGGGGACUCAAUCUCCAUGCUUGACUACAUGAUCUGGCCAUGGUUUGAACGUCUGGAGCCAUUCCAGCUGAAGGACUCUUUGAGUCACACCCCAAAGCUCCAACGCUGGAUGGAGGCCAUGAAGGAGGACCCUGCUGUCAAGGCUACAAUGACUGACCCACAGAUAUAUAAAGAUUACCUGCAGCUUUAUUUGAAGAACAGCCUUGAGGCAUGUGAUUAUGGGCUCUGAUGUGCCAGUAGGCACAUGCUUGCUGAAGUACUUCUUUUUGGUGUGAGCUGUGGGGAAUCUAGUGUAAUUUGGUGUAAGCUUUUCUGUGGUUGCUUUUCAUAAUGGGGAAUAAAUCUGUGCUGAAAUGGGUGAGAAACCUGAGAACUCCACUUCUUCCUCUCCGGAGGAGGAUGUGCUGGCUUCAGGCAGGAGAUGGAAAGUCAUUACUGGUCAUAUUUAUUGCACAAAGGAAAAUGUUGGCUUUAUUCAGAGGCACUGUUCUGUUAUCUCUGGCCUCUUUGCCGGCAUUGCUGGUGGACAAUCCCUGAACUGGCCCUGUUACUCGGUUCAAAAACUGUAAUACUGAUGUCUUGAAAAUAAAUAAAAAGCAAGCAGUGCUUUCUUAAA